AUGACCAAAGACCAAGAAUCCGCUACAUCAGGAAGCAAAAACGAUGCUUCCGAUCCCUUUUUCAUUCACUAUUCCGAUCAUCCUGGAAUGGUUCUCAUUUCCAAAAUCCUUAAUGGAAACAAUUAUGCGACAUGGUGCCGCUCUAUGCGCAUCUCCCUAAGCGCGAAGAACAAAUUAGGGUUCGUGAAUGGGACAAUCAAAGCCCCUUCGAAGAAAACUAAUCCUGAGAGUUUUGAGGUUUGGCAGCGUUGCAACGACAUGGUUUUAUCUUUGCUGCUCAAUUCGAUAGAACCAGAUAUUGCAGAAAGCGUGUUAUACUCCACCACACAAGAGAUUUGGGAGGACCUUAAAGAACGUUUUUCCCAACUUAACGCUCCUCGUAUUUUCGAGAUACAAUGCACCAUAGCUUCCCUCUCACAGGAGUAG